AGACUUCCACCAAAGAGGACCGAUCUCCCCUCCAGUCUGUUCACUAUGAAGGGUGACGACAAUGAGGAGGAGGAGGAGGAUGAAGACGAUGACGACGUGCAAGCGGAAACAGCUAGCGGCAGCCACGCGGAGAGCACGGCAGUACAGAGCGAAUCUAUGGAGCAGAGCAAGAGCUCCGACCCUGUAGACAAAACCGGCCCCACUCAGGUUGCAGUUGCUGACGUGGAAGAGAAGAUUCCCUCUGAAGAGCCAAAACAAAAAUCCAAGGGCCACGGUGCUACGAAUGCCCCCAGUCCUGCAGCUGCUCAGACAAAGGAGAAGCCGGAGACAUCGGCCUCCAAGACGUCUUCACUGACACAGAAGAAAAUGCUCGGCCCGAGUCGGCCGCCACAAGGAGCCCUCCCAACGACUUACCCUGAGGAUGACCCAGACUAUUGUGUGUGGACCCCACCAACAGGGCAAACGGGAGAUGGUCGGACCCAUCUGAAUGAGAAGUACGGUUACUGACCGGAGUUGUGCCGCCAUGACCCCCUGAGCAGUCGGCCGUCUAGAGCCGAUAUCUGAUGUGUUGUUUCCGGUACCACGAGGCGCAUGCGGAUCAGAGCCGCCCGGCACCAGAAGGUUUGGGUGCAGUCGUCCCUGGGUGCGGCCACGAUAUGUGUUACAUGGACACUGGGUAAAGACGUCCACAAUCUACAGGUCCGGACUGUCUGGAUCCAUCUCCCCCCUCUGUAUCACUGUGGGGGGCAGAGAAGCAGGACCCCCCCCCCCCCCUCCCCCGACCACGUUGUACUGAGCCACCGAUUCCUUUACUCCUCCCCCGUUUUAGUUUAGCUAGACUUACAAGCUUUGUGCUGAUUCAGGUCUUUUUAUAAUAAAGACUCAGUAGACGACGUCUCCCCCCAUAGACCCCUCACUGCUCUUCUAGGAUGACCACUCCUCCGUGUGGAUCUUUUAUUUUUGUGGGGUGUUUUUUUUUUUUUUCUCUUUUUCUAUAAUUUUUUUUCUUUUUUAUUGCCACCUUGUAAAAUUUGCAAGAUGUAAAUACAAGAUUAGUUUGUAGAAUGUUUCUAAAAGAAUAAAAAUGUGAAAUUAUUC